AUGGCGCAGGGGGCAGCACGAGAAAAGUCAUACUGUAGGGACGCUCCGCGUAGGAUAUCCUCGGCUGGCAACCCAUGCGCCUUUGAGGAAGAGUUAUCUGGAGCUUCGUUACAAGUCUAUUUUGAAAUAAAAAAAUUAUUAUUUCAUUUUUUCUGUGUUUGAUUCUCCUGACGAUAUUUUUAGAGCUAUGAUCAUUUUGAAACGAACAAGUUGAUAAACAUCUUGAGAUUUUUUAUUCCCACAGUGUCUCCUUCAUUAAAUAUUAUUUUUUUUCUUGCUGCAAAUAGUUUUUUUCAGCUUCCAGCGGCUUCGAGCCGUGAUGGCUUUCAAAAUGGAAGUCAGCCAGCUGAAAAUUGCUGAGAAGCUCGUGAUUUUGAACGAUCGUGCAGCAGGUAUGCUAACAAGGCUCUACAAUAUCAAAAAAGCUUGUGGAGGUUUUUUAUUGGCUUUUUUUCUGUUUUUAUUGAUUUUCAGAGCCGAAAUCAAAGCCGUCUUUCCUGAGUGACAAACAAAUGGAAGGAGCUAUAAAACACGUUGUUCGAAAGUUUCCAGUUGUUGAUACACGCUCAAAUUCGGUUAGUUUCAAGUCAAAGGUUCCAUUCCAAAAAAAUACUAAUUGCAGUCAACAUUCAACUAUGUGAGUACGUUGAAAGAAGACAUCACGAAAAUGCUGUCAUCGUAUUACUACACAUUUGCCGAUUUGUUGGAAUUAAGGGACAAUAUUUUGCAACUUUUGUCUUCAAUGGACGCUUGCCAAUGCAGGCUCGACAUUGUAAGCUGUUUAUAAUAUUAUUUUUAUAGAGUUUUGAGAUUCCAGACGAUAAACUACGAAUUAACAACGGGUUACUUGAAUUUGGUGGUAAAUUUGAUCACAAUGAUGAUUUUACUAUCUCGGAUUGAUGACAGAAAGGCGGUUUUAGGUCGGUUGAAGGCGAAUUUUGAGUGAAUAUUCUCAAUUUUCAGGCCUUUUCAACGCUGCCUACGAUUUGCAGCACGGGCAAAGUGAAUCGACCUUUCCUAGAUUGGGUCAAAUGAUUCUGGACUAUGAGCAUCCUUUGAAGAAACUCCACGAAGACUUACUACCAUUGAACAGGGUUUGAAAAUCUCGUUUUUCAAAUUUAUACAGAAAUUUUUUAGUUGAUAAUGUCUGGAUUGAAAUCCUUGGAAACGGUUUUCACGAGAAGGAAUAUUACCGGCGAAGUUUGGAGAACUUCCCAAAUAUUAUCCUUGACGGCGAAUUCCCCGCAAAUCGUGUACAGUGCUCAGACGGAUACGGUUGGUUUAAAAUUAUAAAAAAUGAAAAAAUAAAUCAAAAACUGUUUCAUUUGCAUUCCGAGCGAAUGAUUGUUGAAAUUAAUCAUUUUUUUCGAGAUAAUAUAAUUUUUUUAUCUUUUUUUCAGAACGCCUGUGAAUUUCUUUCCCUUGAUGUGAUGGACCGCUGGAUGAUCCGUGAGUUAAUUUGAAGUUUCUAAUAAAGGGAUUUUUCAGAACUAUUAGCGGUCUUUUUCUUUCUCUUUAAAUUAUCACUAGAGAAAGCGAUUUUUUUCUGUACAAAAACUACUUUUUCAUCGUCUUACUACAAGUUUUUCUUCUGCGCGAAACUUUUUGAAUUUUUUUCGAUUCUUUGUUUCUCUUGAAUCUUCAAUUGGAAUCCACAAUUCUCUGAAAUUCCUAAAAAUUGUUUUCUUUUCAAUUCCUUCCUGGCUUUAUAAAUUUACGAACGGUAUUUUUAUUUCAAAAAAAUUUCUUGAAUUCAAAAAAAUAUUGGUUGAAAAAAAGGAUAGAUUUAUCAUUUUUCAGUUUGCGGACCAAUUUUUUUAUCAUCGAAAUAAAAUUUUUCGAUUUUUUUAAAGCUUUUUUUGAAAAAUUUUUCAGCUUUCCCUUCAUUCUUCAACUCAUUGAAGAUUUUUUUCAAAAAUUAAACUUUUUUUCUGGAAAAAAACUUCAUUCACAAUCUUGCUAUACAAUUUUGUGUAGGGCUUUUUCUAAAUCUUUUUAAUUUUAAGCUUUCGGUUUGAAAAAAAUUAUUGGCCUAUCAUUUUUUUAGGGUUUUAUUAAAGACUUUUUCGAAUGCUGGUAAAAAAAAAUUCUUCACAACGCCUUUCUUGCUUCAUAAUUUUUCUUAUAGAUUUUUUUUCUAAAAUUUCUUCCAUUCAAUAAGUUUCGGUUUGAAAAAGAAGAUUUCGAAUUGUUUUCAGUGUGCGGAACCGUUUGCUAUUCAAAACUUCUCAACGACCCGACCAUUUCCCGAAUGUGGCAGUUGUCUCUUCAAAUGGGCAUUUGCUUGAGGAUUUUCCGUGAUGAGGUCACUUUUUUUUCGUGUCAAGAUGUCAUGGCAAUUUUAUCAGGUCUUCUCAACUCAUCAAGAAAUCCAACACUUCCUGGAGUCGAUCAAAGGGAAUAGUAAGAGGAUUCAAGAAGUCAAAGAUUGCUAUUCGGUGGCUCUACAGCAGGGGUGAAUAUUUUUCCAUUUUUCAAGCAAUUUAAAACGAUAUUUAUUAAUUUCACUCAAAUUUUGUUUAUAAAGUCAUUCCUGUAUGAAAAAAAUGAUACAUUUUCCAAAAAGGGCAAUUUUCAAGAGGCCUUAAAAAAAUAAUAAUUAAAAGCUCAUUUUUUUAGAAGCUUUCAAAAAGAUUCUAUGAAUCACUUUUUUUCACCUUCUUUCUCAUUUGCUCCUAAAAUGGUCAAAGAAAAUGAACCUUUCCAGCGAAAAAUAAAAAAAAAUCAAAAAUCGCCCCCCCCACACGUCCGAAUAAGCCUCCCCCAUCAAUAAAAAAAUUUGAUUGGUGUUUGAUGAAAUCGAAGACCUAUUGGUAAAGGGCUGAACCAACUGUGGGACCUUUAUCUUAUUCUGGAAUCGCCCCCCCCUUCGUUCCAAGUAAAAGCCCCCAAGUAGAAAAAAAUUCGAUUGGUGGUUGGUGAAUGUCUGGGGGGCUAUAUUCCACUGUAGAACCUCUUCUGGUGUGGAGGGGACCAAAUCUAACUAUAGAAUCCCCUCCUCCUCAGUGCUAAGUGGAGCCGAUUUUAGAAUACCUACGCAAAAACGAGAAUCAUCCUAUUGGUAGAGGACUGAAUCAACUGUGGGGCUAUAUCUAACUCUAGAAUCACCCCCCAUCACUCCUCCUCAAUGCUAGGGGGGACGAUUCUAACGCAAGAUCUUCCUUCCUUGAGCUUCUUUUUCAGUUUUUCUUGACUUUGCCCGUGAAGAAUGUUCUGAAUUCUCUUGAAAAUUGUCUUCAGAAUCUCGAUCCACGCCGAAAGACGGCGUUUCCUACGGUCGGCCCUACGAGAACUCGUUCUGAUUUUCAAAGAUCGGCCCGGGAUUCUCGGGCCGAAGGCUCUUUUCGUUUGGAUGGCACUGUGUUACAGCAGAGAUGAGGUUUGAAAUCGAUCAUUUUUGCUUGGAGAAGCAAAAUUAUUAGAUAAAUUACUUUUAACAAGGGAACUUUUGAUGAAAGUUUAGCGCUUCUGAAUUUAAAAACAACAAAAACAGUUCAUGAAAGGAAUGUUUUUACAAGAUUUGACAAUUUUUAACUCGCAAACCUUCCGAAAUAUAUAGAAUUUCGAGCUUUUGAAACGUCAUGACUGAAAAAAAAAAUCUAGUGCUAUUUAUUUUCCUUUUCAUGGAAUCAGAAGGCCAAAAAAGCACUUUUGAAGUGAUCUGAAAGGUUUUCCAAUGAGAAAAUUGGAAAAAGGCUUUAAAAUUGAGUUUUCAGGUUCUCUGGCUCCUGCGACACAUGACCGAAUGGCCCAGCAAGAAAGGAAGCAAACAGGUUUUUUAAAGGAGCUUUUCAAAUUUUUUGAGAGCUUUGAAACAAAAAUAUAGUUGAAAAAAUGAACGAGAAAAGGAUUUUUUGGCAUUUUUUGAACUGGUUUCUCCAGGAUUCUUAAAAACCUUAAAAGGAUGUGAUCUAGAAGUUUAAAUCAAUUUUUUUCAUAGAUUAGGAAAUUUAAAAAUUUUUUUAUUCAUUCGAAUUGAAAUUAUUCACAGCUGAAAAAAAUUAGAAAAAUUAAUAUGAAAAAGAGUUUUUGAAAGUUUUUCCUAAUGGUUUUGUCAGCAUUUGACGCGGUUUUUUUCGAUUUUUUUGGGCACCUUCAUUAGAAAAAUUGUUGAAUUUUUUUGAACCUUAAAAGGCGUUUUUGAACCUAACUUUUUUUAUGAUUUUUUGAAGUUUUAACAAGAACAAAUCGAAAAAAGGCUCUAUUGCGAAGGUUUAAAGGCGCAUUUUUCAGAUUCGAGCGCUUCAAAACAAAAAAAAUAAGUUGAAAAAAUGAAUGAGAAAGGUAUUUUUGGCAUUUUUUAAUUUUAUUUUUUUGAGAAUUUUGAGAAAAUUCUGCAUGAAUGUGAUCUAGAAGUUUGAAUCAAUUUUUUUUGAUGGAUUUGGAAUUUUCAAUUUUUUUUUAUUCGCUGAAAAAUGAGAAAAAUCGCACUUUUUACAGUUUUCUGAUGAUUUUUUCAGCAUUUGAAGGGUUUUAUUUUUGAUUUUUGGGCACCUUCAUGAGAAAAUUGUUGAAUUUUUGAACCUUAAAAGGCGUUUUGAACCCAACUUUUUUUAUGAUUUUUUUCAGUUUUAACAAGAAAAAAUCGAAAAAGGCUCUAUUGCGAAGGUUUAAAGGCGCAUUUUUUUCAAAUUCGAGCGCUUUCAAAACAAAAAAAUAAGUUGAAAAAAAUGAAUGAGAAAGGUAUUUUUUUGGCAUUUUUUUAAUUUUUAUUUUUUUGAGAAUUUCGUGAAAAUCCUUCAUAAAUAGGAUCUACAGGUUUAAAUCAAUUUUUUCGUGGAUUUGGAAUUUUUAAUUUUUUUUUUAUCUGCUGAAAAAUGAGAAAAAACGCACUUUUGACAGUCUUCUGAUGAUUUUUAAAGCGUUAGACGGGGUUUUUUCGAUUUUUGGGAACGUCAGUGAGAAAAUAGUUGAAUUCAAGGUAUUUUGAGUUCAGUUUUUGUGAUUUUUGAUUUUUCCUAAGAAAAUUUCGAAAAAAAGGCUCUGGCGAAAGUUUAAAGGCGCAUGUGUGAAAUUCCAAAAAAGGUAUUAUUGAUUUUUCUCACCAAUUUUCUUGCUAGACGGACGAGUUGAUGGACAAACUCCUACCUGAGCUUCUCCACUACACGUUGGAACUGCGCGAUUUGGUCUUGAAACAUUCGAAAGUCAUCGAGAAUUAUUACAAAUUGGUUGGUUUCCCCAUUAAUAAUUGAUUUUUUUCCCAGUACGCCGCCAACUACGACGCCGUGGUUUUUGGGUGAAAUGCUGGCGAAUUUGGACGGAUUACAAGAAGACGAAAUGAUUUUAUUGUCGGAUUUUGUCGCCUCCGUGAAAGCCAUGAACGCCGAGACGGAUUUUCGAGGGCUGAGGCUCGAUUGGUUCAGGUUUCAGGUUGGUUUUUUAGUUUUUGAACCAAGAAAAGGCCCUGAACUUCAGUUAAAUACUGUAUUUACGUGAAGAUUUAUUUUAAUUUACGUGAAAUGGUUUUUUUUUGCUCCCCAUAAUUUUUAUAUGAGAACAAGUUCAGUAGAUGCAGUUUUUUUUACGCUGAUUCCAAAGUUGGUCUCGAAAACUUCCGAGAAAGACUGUGACGAAAGUUAUGGACCCUCGAAAGUCGAAAACCUCUGUACCUCAGAUUGAGCUCAUUUUUAAUGGACAUGUAGAUCUCGUCCCUCUGGUCAUGAAAAACUAUUUAACCUUUUCGAAAAAUUUCAAAAGAAUAGAUAAUUUAUUUAAACGAGGUCUUAGGUUCAGUCCCCACACUGUACACAUUUUUUUUUUGUUGCGAUUUUUCCUCUUUCAAAAUUUUCCCUGUACGUGUCUCCUUUUUUGAGUUUUGAAUAGGGGAAAUGUGUAAUAAAUUUUUUUUUUGCACAUUUUUUUUUUGACCCAAAAUUUUUUCAUGAAUUUUUUUCGGGAUUUCCCAUGUGAGCACAGGCUGAAUCGCGAAAAUUUCCUUUUUUCAAUUUUUUCUUCUCUUCUCAAAAGUUUUAUAGCUCCAAGUAAUCAUAGCUUUGCUAAAAAGAACACACAGAAGUUUUCACGUACUUUUAAAUAAAUUUUUUUGGGUAAUUUUGAAAAAAUCUGAUAUUCAGCGGCCACUGUUGAAGAUAACUUAUUGAUCUUGUUUUUAGCGCUAAAAUUAGAAGAAAAAAAGUUGUCAAGUAAUGUGAAAAAAAAAAUUGAAUGAGAAAUGAAUACUCGGACUGCCCUGUUCAAAGAUGAUUUUCCAGGCGUGGACAUCCGUGGCUCAAAGUUCCUUCUCGUUGCAUUCCCACAAACAGUUGGCCAUCAUGAUGAACACCACCGUUUUCCACUUGAAGAUGGUCGAUUUGCAGGACGAAUUGCUCAGGGAAACGAGCGAUUUGUCAAUCUUCUGGUGAGAAGCUUUUCAAAGGGUGUUUUUUCGAUGGAAAACUUUUUUUUUUGAAUCCUGAAGUUCUGCCUUUUGUGUCCUUUUUUCGGCCUUUAUCCACCCUUUUUGGACCCUUUUGAUAAUCACAAAAGUUUUAAAUUGAGUAGGGACUGUGUAUGAACUAAAAUGGGCUACAGUAUCGGAAAUCAUCAAUUUUUCGGCUACAUAAAGGCCUCAAAACGGAAGCUUUUUAGCAGCCAUUUUGCACCCUUUACGAGGCUUUCCAGCCCACCAAGAAAAAAGGCUACAUAAAGGCCUCAAAACGGAAGCUUUUUAGCGGCCAUUUUGCACCCUUUUCGAGGCUUUUCAGCCCACCAAGAAAAAAGGCUACAUAAAGGCCUCAAAACGGAAGCUUUUUAGCGGCCAUUUUGCACCCUUUUCGAGGCUUUUCAGCCCACCAAGAAAAAAGGCUACAUAAAGGCCUCAAAACGGAAGCUUUUUAGCGGCCAUUUUGCACCCUUUUCGAGGCUUUUCAGCCCACCAAGAAAAAAGGCUAGAUAAAGGCCUCAAAACGGAAGCCUUUUAGCGGCCAUUUUGCACUCUUUUCGAGGCUUUGCAGCCCACCAAGAAAAAAGGCUAGAUAAAGGCCUCAAAACGGAAGCUUUUUAGCGGCCAUUUUGCACCCUUUUCGAGGCUUUUCAGCCCACCAAGAAAAAAGGCUAGAUAAAGGCCUCAAAACGGAAGCCUUUUAGCGGCCAUUUUGCACCCUUUUCGAGGCUUUGCAGCCCACCAAGAAAAAAGGCUACAUAAAGGCCUCAAAACGGAAGCUUUUUAGCGGCCAUUUUGCACCCUUUUCGAGGCUUUUCAGCCCACCAAGAAAAAAGGCUAGAUAAAGGCCUCAAAACGGAAGCUUUUAGCGGCCAUUUUGCACCCUUUUCGAGGCUUUUCAGCCCACCAAGAAAAAAGGCUAGAUAAAGGCCUCAAAACGGAAGCCUUUUAGCGGCCAUUUUGCACCCUUUUCGAGGCUUUUUAGCCCACCAAUAAAAAGGCUACAUAAAGGCCUCAAAACGUUAGCCUUUUAGCGGCCUUUUUGCACCCGUUUUCUGACAGUGUUUAUCGUUCGCUUUGAGAGCUGUUAUCAGUAAAAAAAAAGGGAAUUUUUUAAGCCAUCUCAAAUAUUUUGCAGCUUCUACCAAGCUCUGCAACAACGGCAGUGGCUGGCCUGCCUUCAACUCCCUUCCCAAUGUCGAUUCACACUGAGUUUUGCAAGAUUAGCCGCGCAUUUCCCGAGUUCCCUGCAUUUAAUGUGUCCUGAGGAGAAAAGUCGGAUCAUUGAGAAGGUUUUAUCAAGACAAAAAAGUCAAAAAUAAGAAAAUCUCCAGGCUUUGAAUCAGUGUAAAGUUGUCCUGGAAGAGGUUUGUCGAAUGACUUGUGACGUCGUUGCUCAACUUUGCGAGUACGAGUUGAGGCUUUCCGAGCAAAUGUCUCCGAGUACGGUCGGUUUUCAUUUUUUUUAACUUUUCAGAAAAACUUGGUAAUAUUUUGAACGUUUGAAAAGUUACAUGACGUUUUUUUUUUGAUUUAUCUUGAACCUAAUAUUUUUCUCAUCUUCUUUAGUUAAUUUUUGGAGGUAGGAAUUUCAUUUGAAACUUGAAAAACUCUAAAAAGAAGCUUGAAAAAAACCGAAAUUUUUCAGUGCUAGUCAGUUUUGCGUGUCUUUGUGAUGUCGAUUUUCAUUUGAAAUUUUUUUUUCCAUUUGUUUCGACGCUCCAGAUUUUUAUUUAAUUUUUAUUUUUUUGAAAUAUUUUUUUCAAUUUUUUUAGCUCUACUUUCCAUUUAGACACUCUGAGAAAAUCGGUGUUUUUUUCUGAAUAUUAGCUAGGUCUAAUUGAAGCUCAGUUAAUUAAAAAAACCGGAAACUAAUUGCUCGCCCCCCUGUUUCGUGUGUAUUUUUUUGCGAAUUUUUCAUGCUUUUCCAGGUCGCGAUUCGUUUCGUUGCUCAAUACCUUCAAGACAAAGGCCCUGUGAACAAGGCAGCGACGGCUGCGAUCAACGCCGCCAGAGAAUAUGUUGUGGCCGGAGAAGAAAGCUAUCGAGUCGAACGGAACGCCCUCACGUGGCCCGAGAAGCUUCAGACCACGCUGUGUAGGUUUUUCUAUUUUUUUAACGAAAGAUUGAAGAAAAUAACAUUUCGAGCUCUUUUCCAAGUUUUUUUAAUGAAUAAUCUUCACCAUGAACCGCUGCGGUCUAAAGAAAAGUCCAUCGAAAACAGCUUUAAAAUUUUUUUUAAGAGACAGAAAUUUGCCUUCGAAACAGUUAAGCAGACCAAAAUUUGGCUUCAAAAAGUUAAUGUCGUGUUCAAUGUAGUUUCCGCGAAAUGCAAAAUGAUCUCUGACUCUCCAAGAGUUAGUUAUAUUUUUUUCUUUCUCUGACGGCGAUUUUGCAUUUCGCGGAAUCACUUUAAACAAGCCAUAAGAAUACAGUAAUUUAGGUAUAAAACGACCAAAAUUUUGCUCUAGAAAAGUUGAGCAGAGCAAAAUUUGCCUUGAAAAUUUAGGGAUGCGGAAACUUGUAUACAGAAAAAGAACAAAAUUCAGCUUUAGAAAAGUUAAGCUCACCAAAAUCAAAACAAAAAAAAACUUGAACAGACAAACGAUUUCACAAAAAAGUUAAGUAUAUCACAUGAUACGAAUUUAAAUUUAUAACAAUUUCAGAAAAGAAAAUUAUCUCUGACUCGUCUUAUCUUUUUGGAUUUCAUCAUUUGAAUUUCAUAGAAUCACAUUGAACACGGAAUCAGCGAAUUUUCAAUGGUAAAGAUUCCAAUUUUUUUGGAAAAGGCUCCUGUUUUCAAGGACAAUUUACGAAUUGAUACAAUUAUUAUGACGAAACCCACAAAAAGAGGAGAAUGAUGAAAAACGUAAAGAUGAGAAAGUCUGAAAAGGAUUCUUCGGGAAAGCUUUCAUUGGCAAAUUCUCUAGCGAUAUUUGAAAAAAUUCGAAUUGAAAAAAUAUCCAAUUCUUACAUCGUAUCAUUCAAAGAUAAGUUAUCAAAAAGUUGAAUUGACUGAAGUUUUUGGAUGGAAAGUUAAGCAGACCAAAAAUGUCUUGAAAAGUUGAGCAGGAAACGUUUUUUACCCCAAAAAAGCGCUAUUGCGAGGUUUUAAAGUGACCAAAAAUGUCUUGAAAAAGUGUUCAAAGUGAUUUCCGCGAAAUGCUCAAUUAUCUCUGACUCUCCAAAAUCCUGUUGUCUUUUUCCCUCUCUGACGGCUAUUCUGUAUCUCCCGAAAUCAAUUUUAACAGAAAAAAAAAAGAGUUCCAAGAAAGUUUUGGGUCCUUAGCUGCGCUAAUAAAAAAAACCCAAAGAGUGGAGACUUUUUUUAAAUUUUCCUGUGUACUGCACCUCAAAAAAUAAGAAAAAAAGAAAAUUCAGUUCAGUGAAAUAAAAUUUUCAGUGGAACUGUGCGCCGGCAUCGGAAUGCAUCGUCAAAUUUGGGUGGCCGAUCACGCAUUUGCGCCCCGGGAAUUUCUGACCCAAAGACUGGAGCUGAAACUCGUUGAUAUGCUCCACGCGAUGAUCUGGGAAGGGCAGCCCCAUCAGAGCAACCCGAGAAGGCCGUCGGAUAUGCUCCUGGCUCUGCAGGCUUACAUGACGGUCCUUCAAGACCUCGACACUGCUGGUGACCUGAAAUAAGGAAUAGAAGAGAGAUAAUUCUUCUUUUCUAGUUCACAUCGACAUAAUCACCUUGAUCAAGUCGGUGCUGCUCCAACAGACCCAGGGAGCCGACGGCAGGAGCAAGGAGACCAUCACCGCGAUUUAUACCAAAUGGUAGUUUUGAAAGUGAGGGCUUAGGCUUAGGGAGCGUGUCCUGUCUGCGCUCUCCACGAGCCAGGCGCUAUUUCGUCCAUUAUCGUGUCAGGACCCUUUUUUCGAUGGCUCAAGCCAGCCGUGAAUCAGCUAUACCUUCGAUUUUUGAAACUUGAAAAGUUCAAGUUUUGUCAAUUUAGUGCAGGAAAAGGGAAAAUUCCAGAAUCGCCCCCCGUGUUCUAACAAGCCCCCCACCGAGCCAAGCUCCGAUCUGCGGGGGGUAAAAUCGGAGGACUGUGGAGGGAAGAAUUAAACGCGGGGGGGUGAAUAUGUAUUAUUCUAGAAUACCCCCUCCCCGCAGUACCAAACGGGGGGCGAUUCUGAAACGCCUAGGCAGUCUUUGCCCCCCGCACGGCUUUGAAAUAAUCCUCCAGAGCUCAUUAGAGCUUCGCGCUAUGCGCUCUCCGCCUCCGUAAGCCUAUUUUUCCUAAGUAAUGUUGCGGGGAGAGGGGGGGUGGUAUCCAACAUAUGCGGGGGUCUAUACUGUAAUAUGCCCCAGGAAAAUCCUGAAAAUUGGUAUUUUGGGCAGUUGAGAGGCUCAUUAAACAGUUUUGUAGAAGUUUUCUCCAAAAUCAUGUUUCAGAAUGGUUUCUGAAGUUUUCAAAUAAUAAUGUUUCCAAUUAGGUACUUGGAAGUUCUCCUGAGACGAGCCUCUCAUGGGGACAUGGUCUGGAGCGACCAUUUGAAGUCGAUGUUGGUUUGGAACCACGACCAACUCCCCUUCGUACCUGAGCAAUAUACUGAUCCUUCAGGUAAAAAAUAAAAAAAAGCUGUUAAAAUCAUUUUUUUCUCAGAACUCCGAGCCCUCGUGCAAAUUAUCGGAUCCUACGGCGUGAAAUACAUGUCGGAGCGGUUGAUUUGGCACGUCGCCAGCCAGAUCAAUGAGAUUUAUAAGGUUGGAAUAGGGGGAGAUUUUUUUGACAGAAAAAGCUGCGAAAAGGGUGGAAAAAAAGGCUCCAUAGAAGUUUUUCCUUUUUGAUGCCUUUUUGCGCCAUUUCAUCGGCUUUUAUGCACCAUUUUUGCCGCCUCUCUCUUUUUUCACCAUUCCUUGAGCCUUUGAAAUCUUAGGAAAAAUGAAAGACUCGAUUAAGUGACUCAUUUUCCUGCCGUUUUGCGACCUUUUUCGAGCCUUUUUUGAAGAUGUAGAUUAUGAACAAGCUGAGAAAAUUGUGGGCAAAUGGAAAAAUGAGCAAAAAAAAGGACUUUUGCAAUUUUUGAUGAUUUGAAAAUCAAUUUUUUUCAUAAUUAGAUUGGUUUUUCAUCUUUCGGAGUCUAGUUAUAGAAUUUUUGCCUUUUUUGGGUUUUUUGGCCUGUUAUUUUUUUUAGUUAUGAUCUUUAUUUUUUCACGAAUUUUAGUGUCUUUUUUCUUAAGCUUCUGAGGCCUUUUUUCAAUUUUUUGUUUCAAGUGACCUCUUAAAAAUUGAUUGAAAAAAAAAAUCAAAGUCAAAAGUUCAGAUUGUCGUCAGCCACAAGGAAGCCUUGCAAGUGGCGCGCUCGAAUUUCGAUAAUGCCGAAAAAAUGAAAGAAGUUUUGGCGGUCCUCAGCACCGAGCCCAAGGAUAAAAAGGUACCUUUUCGCAAAAUUCCAUGUUUUAUAUGGAGUUUUCCAGAACAAUCCCGGGGCGAAGUGUCCGGCAGACGCGAUCUUGUCGAGAACCACGAUUAUCGGACAAAUUUGCUCAUUUCGGGACGCUUUGCACACGGCACUGCGGCAGGUAUCUAUAGGAAAAUUUUUCAAAAAGAAAAUACUAAUGAAAAGUUAAGAAAAACACGAAAAGAAGAGCUCUAGAUUUUUUUUUUCGAAAAGCUCUUAGCUUUUUACAAAAAGUCCCGAAAAAGCUUAGGGAUUCCCGAGUGGUCUCUAUAGGAGUUUGGAUGGACAAAAGCCUCCUAGGGGCCGAAAAAGUGGUUCUUACAGGGGUUUAAGAUGUAAUUCCUUAGCCCCUAUAGCUCAAGUUGACCCUAUAGGGGUCUUUUAAUUUUAUUCAUUCAGUUUUUCGCAAGUAAAAGCUUCCUCGCUUAGAGUUCAUAAAUUUUUACCGACACUUCUCCUAUAGGGACCACUUUCACUAAGAAUAACUGCCGAGAUAAACGCGAGACACUGGCGGUACAUUGACAAGCUCGCAAACAUCUCGUUUUUUUUUCUCGCGCCGGUCUCGCAUUUUUCUGAGCGCCAGCUCGCACUUUUCUAGGCGCGAGCUCGCAUUUCUCUCGCAAUUUGAAAUUUUCCGAAAUGCAAGAUAAAUGCGAGAUGGCGUCGUGAAAAAUGCGAGGUCGCGCCGAGAGAAAUGCUGGAUCGCGCCUAGAAAAAAGCGACAUUUUUGCGAGUUAGUCAAUGUACCGCCACCGACCUCGCGUUUAUCCCGUCAGUUAUUCUUAGUGUUUGCAAGCUUUAAUCGCACGUGUAGAUGUUGGUAAAGCGGUCCCUAUAGGGGAUCCUCAAAAGGCCCCUGAAGUUGUCCUUAUAGGGGCCACUCUGGAGUCCCUAAGAAGCAUUCCACUAACUGAAACCCUUACAGGGACCACUUUUGCAAACUUUAUUGGCCCCUAUUGUGGUUGUUUAAGGCAUAGGGGCAGUAAAAAAUGGGGUUUCAGGUGAAAGCAGUAUCUUAAAUAGUUUUUCUUUGCGAAUCGAAUGGUCUACUCAAAAAAAUUGAAGAUGUGACAACUUUAGAAGAAAAACGCAAUUUUACUUUCCCGCCUUUAUGUUUGAAAAAAGCUUUGGAUCGGCCUACGGACAAAUGUUUACAGUAGCCGUGCACGCGAUGUUGCGGACGUCUCAUUAGACUCGCAUUUUGUGAGAAAUAACCGGAUAUCUGCUUCAAAUUAAGGGUUUCUUCUCUGAAAAAAUAUUUAGUCAAACAAAAAACAGACGCCGAUAAUAAAGGAAGCACAAAAUAUCGCUAUCCCAAUCGAAACUUGCGUAAAAUCAUCAUUUUUCUCCAGAAAAGCAUUUUUGCGAUCAAAGUUUGCAAACUAUACACGAAUAGAAAGUUUUUGGGACAAAGAGAACUUUGGUGACAACAGAAAAAAUUGAAAAUUUAAAGAAACGAAGAAAAAAGCGAAAAUCUGGAAUUUGGCGAAGCCUGUUGUCCAUAGAGCGACUUUACUGCGAAACCCCCUGUUUGGCGGGACUUCAAACUUUACUCUCUCCGACUUUGAAUUAUUUUUCCUUCAAAACUAGGAAGCUCUGUACGUUUUCAAGUUCACCGUUCGAUUCGCAAUGAAAAGUUCUACAAAUUACCGCUUUGAACUGAAACACCGUUUUUACUGCCCCUAUGCCUUUAAAGCGGCCCCUAAAGUUGUCCCUAUAGGGACCAGUCUGGAGUUCUUAAGAAGCGUUUCCCUCAGGCGAAAAUUGGGAAGCUUCUGCUUUCGGUUCCUCGAAAGGCGUUUCGAAGGUUUCCAGCAAGUGGUCAAAUGUCUUCUACAUACCUUCCCAAUACCUUUACUUACCUUCCAGAAGCCUGCUGAAGGCUUUUGACAUCCGUUUUCAGUUUUUCAUCUUCCAACUACCUUCUGAACCUUCCCAAGGCUUUCUGAAGACCUUCUAGCUUCCAUUCACCUUUCAAUCUCUUGCUUGCCAUUUUUAGUGGCCACUAUAUAGGCUCGCCAAGGACUGCUUGGAGAGGACACUAAAUCCACCUCUAUAGUGGCCACCAUUUUCCGUUUUAGUGGCCACUUCAGUAGUUUGUCACUCAGUAUUCCUUCCAGUAACUUUGAGAAUUUAAAAAGAAACAGAUUGGACCAGUUAUGUUGAUUUUUGACCCCUAAAGUGGCCACUAAGUGGUCUAGUAGUAGCACUUAGACCUCUUUAGUGGUCACUUGAUUUUAACCCCUUUAGUGGCCACUAAUUUGACGACUAUAGUGGCCACUAAAACGUCAAAACCCUAUAGUGGCCACUAAAAGUUUUCCCAGUGAGUAGAAGCCAUUUGACCAUACGCUGGAAACGUUACAGACACCUUCCAAGGAAUUGCCUGAAAUUAUACCUUUGAAUAUCAAGAGAAUCGUGAAUAUCACGGCUUUUCACAAACCAAACCUUUGAGAAGAGUUGCAUUUUCUCAGGUGCUCGACAAGCGGAUGACGUUCCUUUCGACCACUUUCGAUAUCCUCUACGAAAGCGUCGAUGACAUGGGGAAGGUGGCUCUGGGCGAACUGUCCUCCGCGAUGGGAAUCUCGGGUCCGAUCGACUCGUCUCUGGUCAGCUCCAUCCGUGCCCACAAUCCCAACAUCAACCCCGAUGAUCAUUAUACUAUCAGUUGUCUUGCCUUGGUUGCUAUUGGUAGGUCUUUCAGAGAUUCUCAUCUUCUUAUGAAUUUCUUUUCAGCGAUUUGUAUCCCUCGAAUCGGCGCCUCGGAUAUGUCGACUUUCAAGCCGACGAUUCAAGGUUUGGGCUAGGAAAUUAUAAAUUUAGCGAUAAAAUGAUCGUAGGCUCAAAAGGAGAGCGUUUUCCCUUAAAUAUAUCUAGUUUUUCCUUAAAUAUAUCCACCCCCCUUAAAUACAUCAAGUUCCCCCUUAAAUACAUCAAGUCCCCCUAAAUAAAUCUAGUCCCUCCGCCCCCAAAUACUUUUUAGUCCACCCCCCAAAUACUUUUUAGACCACCCCCACCCCCAAACACAUCUUGCUCUCUCCCCCCAUUUAUGAAGCUUCGAAGUUAGCAAAACACGCAAGUUAUCACAAAAAAAGCUUUUUGAGGGGUCUCAAUUCGAAAAAUCAGAUCUAUUGCGAGAAUUUUUGGGGGGUUUAGAUCAGGGUUUUUUUGUUGAAACGCCUUAAGGGGGGUUCGAAUUUGGUUUUCGAGUUAGAACGUCUCAAAGGGGGGUCUAGUUUUCGAGUUGAUACGCAGAGGAGGGGGGCUUUAGAUCAAGUUUUCGAGUUAUAAAACCUCAAGGGGAGGUUCAGUAGUCCUCAAUAUCAUUUUAGCUAUGGGAAAAUUUGAUUUUUUUAACUUCUAGAGGUGAAUUUUCAUAGCAAAUGCAAUUUUUUCUGAACUAAAAAGUGUUUUGCUGAUAUUUUUCGACUCUCUAAACUUUUCACAAAUCAGCUUCAAUGGCAUUUCUACUGAACUUCACAAGUUUAUUUUUCGAAUUUCAGGAAGUUUCAACAAUUCUCACUGUAUUCCCCUGGCGGUGAACACGAUGGCCUCGGCUCUGUUCCAUUUGCACGGCCGGGGAGAUAUUCAGCUCCGAAUGAAGGAAUUUUUGGCGGUGCGUUUGAUGAAAAUUGGGAUUUUCUGCGUGAGACCGUGAUUUUUAUAAAAAAUAUUCAUUAUCGUAAAUUCUUCUUCCUCUACUCGAAAAAAAAGUUAUCCCAUUUAUUUUUUCAGCUGGCCUCUUCCGGAAUCCUGCGAACUGCUCAAGAAGGCGAAAAAGACGAAAAUUCGCGGUCACAAACGACUCUUUAUAUCAUUUUGGAGCAAGUAAAAAACAGUUAUAGAAUAAAUAUAGAAUAUUCAAUUAAGAAAUGAUUUCAAGGUAAAAUUGAGGGAAAAUCAAGUGAAAAAAAAUGAAUGAAAUCGGUUCUUUGAUUUUAGUUUCACUACUGACAAUUAAAAAAACAAACUGUUCAAAGUCUCAUUUAAUGAAUUUAGCAUGAAUAUUUGGGUUUCACUUUGAAAUCAUCAGGAUUUUAGGCUCUUAGGGUUUUUUUAGUCCGGAGAUGCAAAUUUUGAAAAAAAUGAAGUUUUAUCCCUUUUUCGAGACAGGGAUAUUUAAAUUGAGGGAAACGGAUUUUUUUAAAUAAUUUUUUUGAUUAUUUGAGAAGCUUAUGGCUCCGAAAAAAAUAUUUGAAGUUUCUUAACCAUGUUUUUUAAGUUCUUCGUGGGAUAUUUUCUUCAUAGGUGAAGGUUUUUUUUUUGAAAAUCUAGAAAAAAAUCAACUAAAACUCGAAAAUUCAACGAUAACAACUACUGUACCGUCAGAAAAAAAAUAGAAAAAUUUUUUUGUUAACAAAUUUUUUUAUAUGGAGCUCAAUCUUUUUAAAACUUCAUGAAGCUGCGUUUUUUUCUGCGGGCUGAAAUUCCACCAUGCUGUUAAAAAAAUAACAGUUUUAAAAAAACUUCGGAAUGUUUCAAAAAGGUCCAAUUCCAUAGAAAAAAAUUUCGGUUUUUAUAAUGAAAAAGGAAGAAAGUUUUUUUAAAAACUGUUAUAAAUGUAGUGUUGGGUAAAUAUAUAUAAGAAAAAUGAGACUGUAUAUAUCGUUUGGCCGUUUCGGGUAACAGAACCCCCCAACAGAUCAAAAAAAUUUUUAAGCCUUUCUGAAAUUUGCAAGUGAGAAAGUUCCAGAACGAUUAAACUACAUACAAGAAAUUUGUGAUUAAAAAACCUUUUUUUCGUAUCUUUCCUUACGUUAUUUUAAUUUCUGCUUGAAUUUGAACUUUUUGAACUUCCUUGUAUGGAGCUCAAUCUUUUUUGAAACUUUUUGAGCUGCGUUCUUUUUUCCUGCUAGUUCUGAUUCCAGUAGAGUGUUAGAAAUAACAAUUUUCACAACUCCAGAAAGUUCCAGGAAAAUCAAACUACAUACAAGAAAGUUGUGAUCAAAAAACCAUUUUUUUCGUAUCUUUUCUGACGAAAUUUCAAUUUUUCAGUUGGUCCGUAAGAAUCGUUGGCUAACGAUGGACGUUUUGGAAGCCUGUUUCCCGUAUAAUUUGGUCAGAACCGCCUAUCAACAGUGUUACGAAACUGAUGCCAGUCUUUAAAAUUCAAUUUCGAAGACUUUUCAGCUGCAGGUUGUCUUUAAUUAUGUUGAAAUUUAAUUAUUUUCGAUUUUUUAGGUCAGCGAGACGGUCGAAGGAUGUAA